CCCUCUUUUUUUGCAUGCAAUAUGCUGCAGCCUAUCCCUCUUUCUGCACUCUGGAAUUUGUCUCCCACAAAACUUUGUUUCAUCUGAUUUUAUCAACAAACAAACUUCAUCUUCACUCUUGUUAUCUUUGAACAACUUUAUUAUGCUUUUUCCACAAACACAGUGAUAGUGUGUGUUUGAAGACUUUGAUUGAGUUCUUGUGUUCAAUCAUGCACCUAAAGAAAAUUGUUGCAAUAUUAUUAGAUCACUUUCCAAAUUGUUCAUCUCCAAGAAAGAAGAUAGUUUCUGGAUUUGGGGUAGGUUUUGUUUCAUUUUUUAUUUUCUUGUUUAUAUUGUUUUCUAAUUCUUCUUUCAAGAAUUUGGAUUCAGAUAAACUUUUCAUCCAAGGGUUUAAUGUUAGUAACAACAAUACUUCUUGUACAACAUCAUCAACUACUUAUAAUUCUUCCUCAAAAUCAGCAGCAGUUUUGUUAGAUAAUUCCACACAAUUAGAACAAAACACUAAAGUUUUGCUUAAUGAGAGUAGGGAUGCAUUUCAUGAAUCAAAUGGUUCCAAUUUAGAUAUUAAGUUGAGGCUCUUUGGUACCCAUGGAAAAGGGUUAUCUAGUGAUGUGAAAAAUGGAAGCUUUGAUGAAAUUUCUGCUAAAGUUAUUGACUUUAAGGAUACCCAUAUGAUAGAUUUGAAGAAUGAAACUUUUAGUGUAAUUAUUAUGAACCCUAAGGGGGAAGGGGCAAAUGGUCAAGAAAUUGGUAAUGGGAGUCUUAUAUCAGAUGGUUUAGACCAAGGUCAUGGUGAAAUGUCUCAAAAUCUUAGUAGCUCUUUUGAAGAAUGUGAUAUUUUUGAUGGAAGAUGGGUGAAAGAUGAUACGAAACCGUAUUAUCCGGCCGGUUCGUGCCCUUUUGUUGACAAAGAUGUUAACUGCCAUCUUAAUAGGAGGCCAGAUGAUGAGUUUGUUAAAUGGAGGUGGCAGCCAUUUGGAUGUGAAAUACCAAGUAUGAAUGCAACAGAUUUUUUGGAAAGGCUUAGAGGGAAGAGAAUGGUUUUUGUUGGAGAUUCUUUAAACAGGAACAUGUGGGAAUCACUUGUUUGCGUACUCCGACAUUCUCUCAAGAACAAAAAAAGCGUUUAUGAAAUAUCCGGAAGGGGAGACUUCAAGAAAAGAGGAAUCUAUGCUUUCAGAUUUGAGGACUACAAUUGUACUGUGGAUUUUGUGAGUUCUCCAUUUCUAGUAAGAGAGUCGUCUUUCAAAGGUGAAAAUAGCUCUUUUGAGACACUAAGAUUGGAUCUAAUGGACCGAACGACUUCCAUGUAUCAAGAUGCUGAUAUUUUGAUCUUCAACACGGGACAUUGGUGGACUCAUGAAAAAACUUCCCGAGGGGAAAAUUAUUACCAGGAAGGCAACCGUGUUUACCCAAGACUCAAGGCUCUUGAUGCAUAUACAAGGGCUCUUUCCACAUGGGCCAAAUGGGUAGAUAAGAACAUUGACAAUCAGAAAACACAAGUUAUCUUUAGAGGCUAUUCACUUACUCAUUUUAGGGGAGGACAGUGGAAUUCAGGAGGGCAGUGUCACACAGAAACCGAACCGAUUUUCAAUACAAGUCAGUUAACCAAUUAUCCAUCAAAGAUGCGAGCUUUUGACAACGUGUUGCGUGUGAUCAAAACUCCGGUGAUAUUUCUCAACAUUAGCAGGCUAACAGAUUACAGAAAAGACGGUCACCCGUCGAUAUACAGAACAAAGUACAAAUCCUUGCUCCUAAAGCAACAAACUUCUGCUGAGCAUGCACAAGAUUGCAGCCAUUGGUGUUUGCCAGGCGUACCAGACACUUGGAACGAGUUGUUAUAUGCAUCGUUAUUGAAGGUUGGAAGAGGAUCAUGGAAGAGAUGAAUCCUGGCGCAUAAUUAGUAGAAAGUUUAUGGCUUUUUUUCUGAGAGAAUUAGGAGAGGUUUAGUUAUUGUUAGGUGGUUAAAGUUGUAUGCUAAUUGAGUAGGUAGCUUGAAUGGUAUGAUUCUAUUUUGUUUUAUUUAUUUGUUAAUAA